AUGUCAACAUCAUCAGCAGCCCCAGCUCCAGCGGUGGCGAUCCUCCCGGCAAAGGCUCCGCUGCCGCUGCUGGACGACGGCCUCACGGUAGUGUCUUUCAACGUUUUGCUCCCGAAUGGCAACGAUGGCUGGUGGAUGUACAAGAGCUACCAGCCCCAUGUUCCUGAGGAGCACAGGGUGUGGCCUUUCCGGAAGGCGCUCAUGCGGGAGUACCUCCUGAGCAAGGAUGCCGACAUCGUGUGCGUUCAGGAAGCAUCGGCCGAGACCUUCGAGACCGAUUUCGACUUCAUGAAAGACGCCGGCUACGACCACGUGCUACACACAAAGUUUCGCUUUCGUUCCGCCACGUUCUUCAAGACAUCGCGGCUGGAGCUAGCGUCCGAGAAGCACAAGGACAGGGUGCUCGUCACGGGCCUCCGCACCCUACCUCCGGCCACGAGCGUGCCGUCGUCGCAAGCACCGCCCUCGCAAUCGCCACCUCCACCUCCUGGCAAUGAGCGCACGGAGGUGCAAGAACCAUCAGAAGACGUCGACCCUAGCAGCAAAACCGACGCACAACCGAGCAACCGGGGGGGAUCUACCGCCGCCGAACACCCGCCCGCGGCGGCCGCAGAAUCGUCAAGGAUAAGGCACCUCGGGGGGGGCGAGGGCAGUGCUGAUGACGGCGGAGGAGCUUCGAGCAGGAGCGGCAAGGGGAGGCUGGUGAUGGUGGUUAACUGCCACCUGACCGGAGGCCCCGCGCCCGAGAGACGGAUGCGGCAGGUCUUGGACGGCCUCGAUGCCGCGAGAAAGGAUGCGGUGAAGCUGCUUUCCGAGGAAGCGGAAGCGGCCGCGGCAGGGUUGGGCAAGAAGAAAGGCGGGGGAGGCGGCGGGAAGAAGGGGGGAGGGGGCGCUGCUGCUGCCCCGGGAACAUCGGUCCCCGUGGUUGUGUGCGGGGAUCUGAACAGCAACAGCGGCCACACGGCGGUGUGCGAGCUUUUGUCGACUGGUGUUGUGGGGGCGUCGUUUCGGGAAGGGGGUUACCCCGAGACGGCCAUCACCUCCAAGGACAAGCGGCAGGGGUUCGGGCCGUUCGGUGACAUCUACGAGGAGGCCUACGGCGGUGGAGACCCCGCGGGACCAGGGGUUGGGGGCGGAAUGGGGGGAGAACCGACGUCAAACGGUCCGCCUCCGACGUUCCUGGUUCCCCUGCUGCACCCCCACUUUCUCAGCGAGGACGGAGAGGGCGUCUCGGCAAGGCUGCAGGUGGCUUUGUCCGAGGCUUUCUACUCCUUGGUCGGGGCUUGCGGCAACACCGCCCGCGCCGAGGACAACGACCCGUCGCCACCGCCGCCAGCGGCAGCAGCAGGGGACCCCACGACGCCAGGCGCAGAACCGGAGGCGUUCCUUCCCCGGGAAGGGGUGGAGGCCUGGCUGAUGAAAAUCAACAGGUCGCUCGGGCGGGGCAGCGAGUUUAGAGCCGCCGAGGCAAUCAUGGGACCGGGGCCAGGGGGUGGACUUACCCUGGAAGAUUUUUUCUCCAUUUACGCCUCGGAGCUUCGCGGGGGCAAGUUCUGGGGCGUUGCUCACGAUCUGCACGCCCUGGGAGUCGAGUUACCCGGGGGGGUGCCGUGGGUGGGCCCAUACACGGCACGAUUCGACCGCGUCUUCUACUCCAAGGCGACGCUCGAGGCUGUCGGUGCCAUGGAACCGCUCUGCGAAGAAGAGAGAGAGCUAGUCGCGGGGGGCGAUUGCUUGCCAAAUUCUUGGCAUCCCUCGGACCAUUUAGCGGUCGCGGGGGCCUUCCGAUUCCGAUAGCAAGUCUCAUGGUAGGGCAUCGCGGCAACGCAAAGGGUGGCAGUGUAGACCAGACCUCCACCCCGCCCUGUUGCAGAACACACUUGGUCUCCAGACAACUUCGUUUUGCCGGGAGUUGGUGUCGUGUACGUUGGGGGUGACGUGCUGCCAACACGUUUUCGUGGGCAAUGUCAUGACGGACCUUGUGCGCAUCAUGGGGGCUUUCUUGGUCGAGGAUUUUGGUAUCUCCAACAGGAAGCUUCAAGUGCGGCUGGUUGUGAACGGCACACACACGUGGAGCAGUGAGUUUUCAUGGUCGCGGGGCAUGCUAGACAAGAGUCGAGUACAACGUUUCGAUCAUAAGCGAAUGAAUGCCACCGUGUGGCGCUCCAUGUACUAUUUUAGUCGCGCGAAUGGGACCGC